AUGGUGCAGAAAAGAUAUCCACGAUUGCUCCAUGAUUUUUCAAUCGAGGUCUAUGAAGAUGGAAAGACGAUUGAUGAUGCUGAACUUUGUUACAGUCAUGUGGGCCAAGCAACCAAAGGUUCAACUGAAAUGUAUAUAUGUAACACUGUUGUUAAAGGUCGUCACGUGAGGAUUACAAUAAAUGGUCCAGCUGGCUCCUAUCAAUUACUUAUUCUAUGCGAGGUUCGAGUAUUUGGCACUGGAAAUGUCAUCAAGUCGUCAUUUCAACAAUAUCAGGAUGCUGAACUAUCCGAUUUACCGGAUAUGACGUACAGUGUUCAAGGAUAUGGUCAAUGUGCUAUGAAGUGUUAUGUGUUACCAAUGUGUCAUCUCUUCAGUGUAAAACUCGGUGUCUGA